CAUGUAUUCUAUAAUAUUCAUUAAAUUGCUAACAGGGUUAGCAGGCAUAAUUCUUUGGUAAAGGAACUGAUUUAUCAUUUCAUGUCUCACAAAAAGUGCUUCAUAUUUCCCACGCUCAAGGGUGUUGUUGUUCCAUAGUUUUCAAACCAAGAGAAUAUGAUGCUAACGUGCCUUCAAUAAAAGAUAUUUAUAUAAUCUUGGUUAAUCCUCUGGAAAAGCAAUCAGAAGCAUUAUUUUUUGGAAGCCUACUAUUGCAGUUUGUCCUUUCUGGUCUGCAGAAUUUCUUACAACCCUCUUUGAUUCUUCUGUUACACACUUCUCUUGUCACUUCAUGCUUCAAAUCUGAAUUAGCUCCUUGCAUUGAAAAUAGCAGACAUGCAAAUUUGUUGACCCCCUGAAUAAUAUAAUACAUAAAACAGAAGAAAGUGAAGAGGCAUGGCAUCCCUCAUUCCUGGGGUUCUGCUGAAGCUUCUCCAGAGUAUGGAUUCUAAUGUGAAAGUUAAUGGAGAAUAUAGAUCAGUCCUUCUGCAAGUGGUCAGCAUUGUGCCUGCAAUAACUGGGUCUGAAUUAUGGCCUAACCAAGGUUUCUUCCUCAAAGUCUCUGACUCUUCUCAUUCAACUUAUGUUUCACUCUCAAAGGAAGAUAACGAGCUUAUCUUGAGCAACAAGUUGCAGCUUGGACAAUUUUUUUAUGCGGAUAGGAUAGAAGCUGGAACACCAGUUCCUAUUCUUGUUGAUGUUACACCGGUUCCUGGCCGGCACCCUUUUAUUGGAAAUCCUAAGGAUUUAAUGCAAAUGUUAGAGCCAUCAGAGGGUCCUGUGCAAUCUGAUAAUCAUCAUAGAAUUAUUCGUUCAAAAUCCAUGAACUCUGUCAAAGAAAGCAGAAGUCCAUGGCAGAAAAUUGUUAUUAAAGAGGAAAAAUCUGCUGUUGCAUCCAGGUACAUGCGGGGUGUUAGAAGUUCAACCUCAAACGUGAAUGUGCAUGAUGCUACUGAAGAAAGAAAAGGAAAUGAUUUUCAGAAUGAUGUAGACAGUAGUAAGAAGGUGGGAUCUGCAAAAGUAAAACUGCAAAAAUUACAGACACUCUCAGUGAAUACAACUCGUACUCUACUACUUGAAACAUCUUCACCAAGGCAGAGGGUUGCUCAAUCUAACAUCCAGGAGACUGCCAUGUCACCUUCUAAGCGCAUAUCUAUCAAACAUAAUUCUGCUAAAGUGGAAACUACAAACUUGAAUAUUUUGCCAAGCAGUGAAGAUAAAAGCUGGAGCACAGAGGCAAUUCCAUGGUCCUCUCUGCCAGACAAACUUUUGAGUCCUGGAAAGGAAUUGCUCAGAAGGAAACAUCUAGCCUCCAUGGUUGCUGUAGAAGCUCAGAAAGAAGUUACAGCUACUGCAGUCCUUGCCAAGUUGUUAAGUAUGUUUGCCAACAUCUGCAGCUCAGCUGCCUCAGAGAAUCCUCAUGUCACACUAAACAAGUUUUUUUCCUUCCAAGAACUCAUCAACCAGUCAAAUGGUACAAGUACAGUUCCACACACAGAUAAAUUAUAUCAUCUAUAUAAAACUUCUUCUCCUUCAGAAACAGACAAAAAUGACAAGAAAUCAGUUUUAAUGCCUGGGAAAAUUUCAUCAAAGUCUCCAAAAUACUCACCAGAUUUAUCCGACACUGAGAAACAAGAAUGGGCCACAGUAAAUGGUCUAAAAGAGAUAAACGAACUGAGAGAAGUCCUUUUGAUUGAAACAAAAUCAUGGUUUUUGAAAUACUUGGAAAAAACAUUGGAUGUCUGGUUUUCCAUAAGCUCCCAAGAGAAGAGAGGAAAGACGAGUAAGGACCCUGCGGGGAAGAAAAUGAAUCAUGCCAAUCAUAUAGCUCUCACAUUGUCACUCCUUAAGCAAGCAAAUGAAUGGUUGGAGAAACUGAGAAACACUUCAAACAUGGAAAAUGAAGAGCUGUUGGAAACUGUUGACAGAUUGAAGCAAAAAGUUUAUUCUUGUUUGCUCCUACAUGUUGAUUCUGCUGCAUUUGCUUUGGAAAACCGAGCUUGAUUAUUGGAUAAUGAUACGUUUUAAAGCUUAUAUUCUAUUUAAAGCUAUUUAUAAGUUAAAUUAUCUUGUGUGGUUGAGACAGACAUGGUUAAUGGAAGCUUGGCCAACAUAUUUUUCAAAAUGUAAUGUUAUAUGAUAUGACAAUAAAGACCACCCUUUGAACGGCGUUCAAAUGAAAUUCAGAUUCUCUGUUGAGUUUUUCUGUGUUGUUCCUUUCUAUUGUCUUUAAAAUACACUGAUACAUACUGAUUUUGAUGUUUUAAAAUACCAAUAUCAGUGUUUUUAAUGUUUAGCAGAGCACAACAUUAGAAAACACUCAAGAGAGAAUUUGGACUUGUUCAAAUGAAGUUUAGUUGUAACAUGAUUUCCUGAAAAAUUUGUUUCCUUUUGGAAUCUUAAUACAUGUACACAUAGCAGGUGGAAAAGCUUACCUUGUGGCUUACAAAUUGUUUUGUAUAACAACAUUACCCAGAGAAAGAAUUCAUGCUGGAAAAGCAGGACACAAGCUCAACAC